AUGCGUUUUCCCCCGUCUUUGCUGCAACUGGCCUUUUGCUUCUCCUCGUUUGGCCCCGUAACUACGGCAUCGGGGUGGCCUCGGUGGCUCCCCGACCUCGACUCUCUCGUGGUACGGGCUGACAGUCCCGAUGCUUCGAGCGCUACACCAAUCUCCUCCAACUCGCCUGCCUCGUCUCCUGCCUCCGCCUCGGGUUCGGCAACUGGGUCGAUAAGUCCAGGUGCUAAGACGACUGAUUUAAAUACCGCCAAAGCCACCCCGUCUGGCAGUCAAAGCGGCAGUCAAGGCAGCAGUCAAGGCAGCAGCAAAGGCAGCAACCCCGUGCCUGUCUCCGUGGUUGGCAAUCACACCCAGUUCCCUGCCCAAUACCCUCCCGGCGGUAUCAGUAUGCAGACGCCAAACAUAUUUCUACAGCCUUCUGGCUUGUACAAGAUUAGCGACUACGUGACUUGGUCAUGGAACUACACCUCCUUACUCGCCACUCCGACUGCCAUCGAUGUCAUUGUUAGCUGUUCGACUGGGAGCGAUACCUUUACUUUGACCUCCAGCAUGCCCUUCGCUACCGACGUUAAUUACGUCUGGGAUACCAAGCAGCAGGCCAACAACGGCAGCAGUCGCCUUUUCAACGCCAUGUACACCCUGAUUAUCAAAGACUCGGCUGCCGCUAUUACCCAGGCGCCGGAAGCCGGCUACCUUGGCGCAUGUCCUGGUUAUACCUUUGGCAUGUACGCUGCCCAGUCUUACGUGCCCUACGCCCAAUGGGUUUGCGUGGGAUGCAGUGCCGCGUCCUCUUUCUUUGGCUACCAAGCCCUAGGACUCGCAGUCACGAUGAGUGUCAUCACUGUCAUGAGUUUUACCUGGUUUGUUUCUGGCCUGGGGUUAUAUUAG